AUGAUUACAUAUGUUUGUGUUUUGUUUUUUUAUAUAUGUAGUGUGAGCCAGUGUAAGGAGCUGGACAAUGCUGCGAGGACACGGCAGGUCCCGAUGUCUCCGUCUGAUUUCCUGGACAAACUGAUGGGGAGGACGUCUGGAUAUGAUGCCAGGAUAAGACCGAACUUUAAAGGUCCUCCAGUCAAUGUGUCCUGUAACAUUUUCAUUAACAGCUUUGGCUCCAUUGCUGAAACCACCAUGGACUACCGUGUGAACAUCUUCCUCCGUCAGCAGUGGAACGAUCCCAGGCUUGCCUAUGCUGAAUACCCCGAUGACUCUCUAGACCUGGACCCCUCAAUGUUGGACUCCAUUUGGAAACCAGAUCUGUUCUUUGCCAACGAGAAGGGCGCCCACUUUCAUGAAGUGACUACAGACAACAAACUGCUCAGGAUAUUUAAGAAUGGGAAUGUUUUAUACUCUAUAAGGCUAACAUUAACUCUGUCAUGUCCCAUGGAUUUAAAAAACUUCCCCAUGGAUGUCCAGACCUGUAUCAUGCAGCUGGAGAGCUUCGGUUACACAAUGAACGACCUGAUCUUCGAGUGGCAGGCGAACGGACCAGUCCAAGUGGCUGAAGGCCUCACGCUCCCUCAGUUCAUCCUCAAAGAUGAAUUAGACCUCAUCUACUGCACCAAGCACUACAACACAGGUAAAUUCACUUGCAUUGAGGUGCAGUUCCACCUGGAGCGUCAGAUGGGUUACUACCUGAUCCAGAUGUACAUCCCCUCUCUGCUCAUUGUCAUCCUGUCCUGGGUCUCCUUCUGGAUCAACAUGGACGCCGCUCCGGCCAGAGUGGCACUGGGCAUCACCACUGUGCUAACCAUGACAACACAGAGCUCAGGAUCCAGGACGUCGCUGCCGAAGGUGUCUUAUGUGAAGGCUAUAGACAUUUGGAUGGCAGUGUGUCUUCUCUUCGUCUUCUCUGCGCUGCUGGAGUACGCCGCUGUCAACUUUGUGUCGAGGCAACACAAGGAGCUGCUGCGAUUCAGACGAGCACACAAGAGCAAGAGCAAGAACAGUGGAGGUGCAGUUGAUCCAGAGGAGCUAGCUGAUUCCCUCCGCCGUGUUAACAUUGACAUCGGCCUCAAACCAUCAGACCCUCUGUAUGGAUCUAUGAGCAACAUCUACACCGACAACCACAGGGAAGGGGAAGUACAUGAGAGCAGACCGACCUCCACAGCCGCUGUGACCUCCACUCCCAGCAACAGCAAGGAGUCGAAGGCCAGCACCAACAAUACCGUGGCUGUGGUGAAUACCCCCGGAGCCACGGCGAACACUACCCAGAAUCCACCUGGACCGACAACAGGUGGAGGGGGUAAAAGCACAGAAGAGAUGAGGAAGUUGUUCAUUGACAGAGCCAAAAAGAUUGACACUGUAUCGAGGGCCGGCUUCCCUCUCGCCUUUCUCUUCUUCAAUAUAUUCUAUUGGGUUCUUUAUAAGAUCCUUCGACAUGAAGAUGUACAUAAGCGAUAGAGAAGAAAAAUAUUUAUUCAUAUACAAUAUGUGCACACACACACACACACACACACACACACACACACACACACACUCUUGUUCUGCUAUUCAUUUGAGGACACUUCUUUAAUCCUGAACAUUCAUGUGGACCCCCCUCACCUCAUGUUUCUGAAGGCAUAGAUGAAAGAUGGAUGCUCAAUAACCUUGUACAGGAAAACACAGAAAGGGAUCAAAAGUCAUCAAAUUAAUAACUCUACCCGGGAAAGAUGAUGUUUGUUUUCACAUAUUUUUAUCUAUAAAAUAAUGAGCAGGUUGCUCUGUAAAAGAUCACAGAGAAAGAAGAAACAUUAGUUGAACAUUGAUUAACAUAGUGGAUUGAUAAAACAGAAAACGUGUCUAAAGCCCUGUUCACACAUGCACUGCAUUCCUGAAAAUUUGAGGGACAGGUGCAUUUUUGUUUUUUUACAAAUCUGCAUCGCGAUGUUACUUGGACAAACUGCAAGUUAAUCACAAGAAAAUCAGCUGAAGUAAGCCAGAGUGAAGCCUCUGGGUUCCUUUUUUUUUUACAGUUAGACUGAGAUUGACCAGAAACAGAUGACUGAGCACUCAAUAAUGACAGUGUUUUUGACAGAGGUAUCUCUGAACUUCACUUUGAUCUGUAUACAAGCUUGCUUCUCAAGAUGCUAAUUGGACUGUAAACAAUGCAGCAUGGAAAAGAGAAGUCAUUCAACAGAAACUGCUACCUACACCAGAAUAACAGGAAGUUAGCUUUUGUUCCCAGAGGAAUAUUCAUCAACGAUAGCCAAUGAAUUCAGAGAUUGAGCUGACCCAAACCCCAACAUUAUCAAAGAGCCACCAAUUCCCCCUCAGCAUUUAUUACUUGUUGAGUUUUUUUUUAUACAGAGAAGAAGAGAGACAUGCCACAUCCGACUCAACAUAGAAUGGAAGAAGGCUGAAGUAGAAACUGAUAAAGCACCCUGAAAUAUUGAUUUGUUGGUGACUGGGGAAACUAAAGCUAAUUAGAGUGUGGGGCACAACUGUCACACAGUAAAUAUACGAUUGAUUUUGAGGUGCAUUAAAAUCUAUUAUAUCACCCACCACAACAGCUUUUGGAUCAGUUAAUUAAGUCAAAAUAAAGAGGAGGUUUUGUUCAGGAACAAACAAUGAUUGGAUUACCUGAUUUUAUUGAUAGGAUAAUAUUCUAUGUUUAUUUUGAAGAAGCUGCUUUAAAGAUUUGAUCCUAGAUAAUAGCUUUAACCUGAUCAACUUAUUUUUGAACAACUGGGACCUGGAUAUUGACAUUUUUGCCCUUGCCAUUUAACUUUUACUGAACCAGAAGUAACUAUUUUUAGAUUAGAGGGUGUAACCAUGGAAGUAUU